CCGCGGGCUUCCGUAGCGUCGCAGCGAGGCUGCGCGGAGCCGGCCCGAGGCGUCCCGGACGCGCGCGCGUUGCCGUGGAGACGAGGGCGUGACCGAGCCCGGUCCGCUGCGCGGGACGCCGGGAGCGCGCCUGAGGCGGGGGCGCGCGGGACGGAGCUGCCCCGCGAGAGCCGGGACCGCGACCCCGGCCGCCGCUUCUUCAGAGAGCUGGCCUCCGACGGGUGCCGUGGGGGGGGGGCCGCAGGCGGCGCUGUUUCGCUGGUGGGGGUCGCAGGCGAUGCGGAGUCGGGACCUCGGUUAGAAGAGGAAGAGAAACGACUUGUUUCAUUAAGACACACACGUCGAGCCCCUAGCUGAAUCGAAAGGGCUUAAGCAAGGAAUGGAGCGGAAGGCAGACUCCAGGCCUUGUAGGGAUACUGCCGCUAAGAAGCCCUGUUGCCCAAAGCCCCUGUCCAGUAAGAAGUUUCCUGCCAUCCCAGGGGCCCGGAGCGAGCGUCCUCGGAGCAGUGCUGUGGCGCAGCGCCCUGCCUGUCCAGUGUGGCCCCGGCGGGCCCGGGUACGGGAGCUGCGUGUCAGGUGUGUGGCCAGGAAGUUCUUGUAUUUGUGGAUUCGGAAGACUUUCGGAAGAGUGCCCCCCUCCAAAGCCAGGUGUUACUAUGAGCAGAGACUGCUCCGGAAGGUCUUUGAAGAAUGGAAGGAAGAGUGGUGGGUCUGCCAUCAGGAGUGGAAGCUGAGUGUCAGAGCUGACUGCCACUACAGGUAUUACCUGUAUAGCCUGGCGUUCCAGCGCUGGAGGGCCUUUGUGCGUCAGCAGUGGGAGAUGAGGAACAAACUCCUGAGAGCUGCAGACCACGAUGCAAAGCGAAAGACACGCCAGGCCUGGAAGUCCUGGUUGAUCUACGUGGUUUUUCGAAGGACCAAACAUCAGAUGCAGACGUCUGCCCUGGAGCUGAGGCAGCAAAACCUUCUGUGGCUGUGCUGGAGUGAGUGGAGGCAGCGGCUGCGACAGGUCCGCCUGAGUCACGCCCUUGAUGCCACAGCUGUGACCCACAGCGCCCUGCGCCUCCAGCAGAAGGCUUGGUUGUGGUGGCGGGAGCAGCUGCUUCAGGCCCGGAGGGAGAGACAGAAGGAGACCUGCGCAGCAGAGCACCACCAGCGCCAGCAGAAGCGGCGGUCGCUCUCUGCCUGGCGGGCAUACCUGCAGGGCCGCAGACUGAGGCGACGUCAGCGGGAGUUGGCGGAGCAAGUUCACCGCAUCACUGUGCUUCAGACACACUUGUGCAGCUGGCGCCGGGCCUGGGCGUGGAGGGAGAGCCUGCGGGCCCAGCUGGCGCGGGUGGAGCAGCUGGGCCAGAGGGUGGCACUGCGGCGGGUCUUCACGCACUGGAAGCAUUACGUGCUGCUGUGCGCAGAGCAGGCUGCCCGGGCACAGGCGGCGGACGACCACCACAGACACCGCUCCCUGCGCUGGGGCUUCCACGCCCUGAAGGACCACGUGGCCCACGCUCGGCGCCAACGCGUCUGGAGGAACCUCGCUCACCGCCAGCACGAGGUCUCGGUGCUGCGUCGCUUCUGGAGCCUCUGGCAGUUCCGGGCAGAGCAGCGGGAGGAGAGAGGGCAGCUGCCCUCGCUGUGUGCUGCCUGGGAGCAUUACAGGGUGGCCUUGCAGCGCAGGACCACCAGGCUGUGGCUCCAGUACGCCCAGCGGAGGCGGUGCAGACAGGUGCUGCGGGCCAGAGCAGAUGGGCACUUCCAGCAGAGGGUCCUGCCCGCAGCCUUCGCGGCCUGGAGAGCGCUGUGGAAGAGGCGGCUGCAGGAGCGCGUCCUCGGCGCCAAGGCGGCCGGGUUCCUCAGGGAGACGCUGGAGAAGCGGGUGUUUGCCUGUUGGUGUCGGAAGGUGUCUCAGCGCCAGGAGCGCCGCCUCGCGGACAGGAUAGCCGUGCUCCACAGGGAGCAGCAGCUGCUCCACUCGUCCUGGUCGGUCUGGCGUCGGCGGACAGUGACCCGUGUGCAGGAGUGGCGCUGCCUUGCUCUGGCCUGUGCCCGACACCGGCGUAGGCGGCUGGAGGUGGUGUUUGGCGCCUGGAGGCUGCGGGCGGGUGCCCUGCGCACGGAGAGGAUGGGCAGCCAGCUGGCAGCGGAGCACCACACCCAGAAGCUUCUGAGCUGGGCCUGGGGCAGGUGGAGGGAGAGCCUGGGCGCGCGGGCUUCGGAGCGGCUGCAGCUGAGGCGGGCCUGCGGGCACCACCGGCACACCGUGCUUCAGAGGGCACUGCGGGCCUGGCAGGUCCACCUGAGCGGGGUGCGGCUCGUCCUCCAGCAGGUGGCGCUCAGGGAGAGCCGGUACCACCGGCAGCUGCUGCGGGCCGUGCUCCUUCGCUGGAGAGGGAACAGCCGGGCCCAAGCGGAGGCGGCUGACAGGAUGCGGUGGGCUGGCGCGCGCUACGAGCGGUCCCUGUGCUCCCAGGUGCUGACGCGUUGGCGGGAGGUGGUGUGCGUGCGGGUGUUCCGCCGCCAGCAGGAGCAGGCUGCCGUCAGGGAGGCCCAGAAAGUGCUGGACAGGGGUCGCCUAGGGACUUGCUUCCGGUGCUGGCGGGCACGGGUGCAGGGGGCCGCCUGGCAGAGGGUGCAGCUGGAGCGGGCGGUGCGCCACGACUGCCGGAGGCUGCUGCUGUGGGCCCUGGGCGCCUGGAGGGCUUACCACCUGUGGGGCGCCAGGAAGAAGCUCCUACAGAGGCUGGGCACCCAGCUGCAGGCCCGGACCCUCGGCCGCUCCUGCUUCCAUCGGUGGAGACAGCAGCUGCUGAGCAGGCGGACGGAGCAGCAGGCCACGGCGCGGGCCCUGUGGUUCUGGGCCUUCUCGCUUCAGGCCAAGGCGUGGGCGGCAUGGCUGGCCUUCGUGGCGGAGGGGCGGCACGAGAAGGCGCGGAUGGAGAGGGCGGCGCAGGCCCACCGACGCGGGCUGCUGCGGGAGGGCACCGUGCGGCUGCUGCGCUUCUCAGCCUCCGUCAGGGCUUCCCGGCAGCAGGCGCAGGCCCGGCAGCAGGUGCAGGCAGCCCACAGCCUCCAGCGUGUGGUCCUGCGCUGUGCCCUCCACUGGAAGCAGAAGGCGCUUGGUGGAGGCAGGGGGCCCCUCCAGAGCAGUGCGUCCCGGGCCCCCCCACAGGGCAUCGCCAGCACCCUGGAGCCCCGGCCAGUGGGGACCCGUGGGCCCCUCAGCACUCCGGGCAGCCUGGGCCUGGCCUCGGGGGACCCUUUGUUCCCGGUAAUGGCUGCCCACCCCCCGAGGCAGCUGCCGCGGCGCCCACACUUCCUGCUGGAGCUGGAGCUGGGGCAGAGCCGGAGGCCCCGAGGGCCGAGCGUCCUUCACAGACAGCGGCCCAGGAAGCUUCCAGAACACUGCCCGGCCCAGCCAGGGCGCCCCUCACGUCUCCCCGACCUCAGCCUGCCCCCCGCGGCCAGUAGGGGCCCCGAGCCGCCGCACCCUCCAGCCGCCUGGGUGUUAGCACAGCCAGCUGCCCCGGGGCUUGGGACCCAGCUCCCUGAGUCCCACCUGCUCCUGCCUGGGGACCUUCUGGGCUCCGGGGGCCCCCUCCAGCCCGCGCCCCAGGAAGCACGAGGCGAGGCCGAGCUCCUUGAGGCCGAGCUGGAGGCCAUCCAGUGGCAGCUGCAGCACUGCCAGGCGGCCCAGCGGGACCUCAGGUCCUGCCGGCGCCAAGCAGACAGCCUGCGCCGAUGGCUGGAGCUGAGCCAGGAAGAGCCGCGGCCCGAGGACCCGGAGGCAGAGAGGCUGGUGCAGAGCCAGCUCCGCGAGGUGGAGCGACAGAUCCGGCAGCUAGAGGCCGAGCUGCAGGCCCAGCGGCAGCCCGUCCAGACCUGCAUCUCGCGGGUACAGGCCCUGCUCCGGGCCCUCCGCUAAGCACCGCACACAGCACACGGGGCACGCGAGCUGGCUCAUCCACCCGCCUUUAAUGUCAGAAGAGUGCAAUAAAUGGCCCUUUCCAUACAAAA